UCUCCGUGUGGGACUUCCGGCGGAAGUAAACAAGAAGAAGCUAGUAGCGUUAGCUUCCAGGAUUCCAUCUGUAUAUGUUCGGCUAGAAAACGGUUAUUGCUUUGUGGGCUGAAUAUUUCAGUGACUACAUUAACGGAAUCUUCGGUUCAUCAUCAGAGAGAAUUAAUCAGACCGACUUCCGGCUGCUGGAGAAAAACUCAACAGCACCGUCCAUUAGGAGGAAGAGAUGGAAACCCAAAUCACCUGGGAACCUCCUGUCUGUUAAGUUUACGGUUCUGAAUGAACUAACGCUGAGAAACAGAAAAUAUGAACAAGGAACUAGUUAAUACCGCGGAGGAAGCAGGAAAGGUCCGUGUUAUCAGCUCGAUGCAGCAACAGCAGCCUGAAAGACACCAGUUAGCCUCCAAGCUAACUGAGAACAAGAAGAAAUGGGUCUCUUCUUAAGGAGGACAAAAAGGACUUCACACAGUAAAUACUGGACAUUUAUUGGACUCUGAACCGCUACCAGCUCUUUCUAUCCUCCAACGCAUCAUGUCUGUCACUACAUGGGAGGUUCUGGAGGACAACUUUCUCAUAACCAAAGAGAGAAACCUAAUUAUUGAUUACAAUACUCCAAACAUUGCACAGAUAAAAGGGGAAGAGGAGGAACCAGAACCUCAGCAGAUUUUUGAGAAAAAGGAGGAAUCAAAGCCGGAACCAAUCAAAGAAGAACUGGUUGACCUGAGGAUCUCCCAGGAUGAAGGGCGGGUUUUAGUGAAGCAGGAGACCAACACCUCUAUGGUGUCUCCUGCUGAUGAGGAAAUAUUCCACUAUGAACCGGAACUGCAGCAGAUGAUGGAGACAAAGGAGGAACCAGAACCUGUACAGGUGAAAGAGGAACCAGAAGAACCAGAACCUGUGAAGAUUAAAGAGGAGGAGGAGGAUCAGCAUGGAGGUCAGCUGGUGGAGAAGCAGGAGGUUGACAUCUGUAUGGUGACUCCUGCUGAGGAGCUAAAGGACAACAGAGAACCAAACAAGGACCAACUUCUUUUUGAGAACUGCCUUAAAGCCGAGGACCAGCAUCAGCCAGGAAGCAACCUGGGUGGAAACAACUCAAAACUAAAAGCACCUAAACUAAACAUACCAUCCUGUGAAGUAUGUGGCAAAUGUUUCACCACAUACAAGUACCUGAGUGAUCACGUAAGAACUCACACAGGUGAGAAACCAUAUCCUUGUGAACUGUGUGAUAAAUGCUUUGCUGAUUGUAGUGCCAGGGCCAAACAUAUGAAAACCCACACAGGUAGGAAGCCUUAUCACUGUCAAGUGUGUGGAAAAUCAUUCAGCCACUGUAGUAACUUAGCCAGACAUAUGAGAACACACACAGGGGAGAAGCCAUAUUCUUGUGAAGCGUGUGGUAAAUCUUUUCGUCACUGUAAUACAAUGGCUCGACAUAUGAGAACCCACACAGGUGAAAAACCGUAUACUUGUGAAGUGUGUGAUAAAUCCUUCAUACAGCCCAGUGAUUUGGCCCGUCACCUUAGAAGUCACACAGGUGAGAAGUCUUUCUCCUGUCUGACCUGCGGAAAAGGUUUCACAAGGCAAUCCUCCUUGGCUGUGCACAUGAGAACCCACACAGGGGAGAAACCCUACUCUUGUAAAAUGUGUGGAAAGUCUUUUAGAUAUAGCAGCCAUUUGAGUCGUCAUGAGAACUCACACAGGUGAGAAGCUGUAUUUAUGUGCGGAUAUGGAAAGCAGUUUUGGAUGUAAAUCACAUGCUUUUCAUCUUCUGCUGAUGAACAGUAAAGAGAUUAUUUAUAGAUGAUGCUAUAAAAAUGUCAUUUUCAGAGAGGAUCAUUUGCAUACAUCGCUAACAUCUAUUAGUUUCGAUGUUGGCGUAACGGACAGUUGACGAUUAUUUCAAUAAUUGAUUAAUCCUGAUUAAUCUGAUUAAUUGAAUAACUGUAAAGAGUACAUUUACAACAUCAGAAAAUAAUACUACACUAUGUUAUUUAACAUUAGCAGUUACAGGAAGCAUUACCUUUUCUGCUCUUUUACUGACAGUUUUAAAUCACAUAUUUUUAUAAAUGAGGACUGAAUUCUCCCAUACUUAUUGGUUUUGUCCCUAAGUAAUGAAGUUGAAAUAUCAUUGCAUUAAUUAUGUGUCUUACUGGAAUGAACACUGUGGCUAUUAAAAAUGCUGCAGUGGUAUUAAGUAUUUUUCUUAGUAUUGAUGUUGAGUUUGAAGCUUUAAUAUCUUGUCGACUUCACAUCUGCCAUUUAGUUUGUGUCUCUGCGUACGUAAUAAAAGCAAAAUGAAAUUCAAAAAGUAAAGCAGUUCUAGAUGUUUAAUAAAUAAACAUGAACAAAUGCUUUGUGGCUCAUUUUAUCCUUGAGUUUUUCAAUGAGAGCCAUCAUCCAGUAAUGAAAUAAGCCAAACCUCAGAUGGAAUAUUAAAUAAAUAUUUAAAUUUUUCUGUAUGAUUUUUACAUGUAAAUAUCUCAAUGUUUUAAAUCAUUUCCACAUACUUUUAUUUUGUAUACAGAAAUCAUUGGUAUUUAAUGUAUAUUCUGCAUCUGUUUCUAUAUAUUAUAAACCUGUUUAUUGAUGAUUAAAAUAUAUAAACACCUGUUUAUUGUUGAACUGUGGCACUUUUGACCCUCAUUAAUAAAGUCUUGUCUUUUCUGCUGUC